AUGAGUUGGUUUGAUGCUACAGGAUUCGCCAAUUUGGCAAAAUCUGCUCUAAAGGGAGCUCAGAAAACCAUAGAUAAGGCCUUGGAUAUUAAGGAGGAGGAACCAAAGGUUAUUCAAUCGCACACGGACGAAACUUCGGAGUUUUUUGCAGCCUGGGGAUUGCAAAAUGAAGAAAGCAGACGUGAUGAUAGUUCACAAAAACAACAAAAUUCAAGCAGUAUCUGGGGUAGCUUUACUGGUUCGUUUUUUGAGCCUCCAAGAACUGUAGACAAUGCAAAGAAGAUUGUUAAGCAUUCCAAGUCCUUGCAAAGUACUGCCAGACAAGAUGAGCAACAAUGCGAGAUGGUGUCCUCUACUUCUGUUCCUGAAAAAUUGGUGACAAAAGAUAUAAAGCCUACGAUAACAAAGGAUGAAUCUGUAUAUAUUGAAAAUGAAGAAGAGUCUAGUGUUGCCAGUGAAUCUGUAAAUAUAAAUCGUAACAUAUCUCAAGAAUUUAAUGAUAAAAGUGCAUCGGAAUCUUACACAUCAUCGGAACAAUUGUCCCUAGACGAUAUUGCUCCUACCAAAAAGAAUAUAAUUAAAAGUGCCAGUUUAGAUUUGGAACAAGUGUACCAUGUAACGGAUAUUGAUAAUGAUUCUGCAACAAGCAGCACUGAAGAAGGAGAGCAUCAUAAUGAGACACUAGGAAGCAGUGAUACUAAUCAAACAUCGAGUCUCACCAACGUGUCUCGUAUGGUAGCCAAUCCAGUCUCCUCCGAGAGUGAUAAGAAGAGCUUGGAAAGCGUGGAGAUACUUGGUUCUCAAUCCAACACUGAUUGUACAACCACGCCAGAGUCAGACCUCAAUUCUGUUACCAAUUCCCUAAGUCCCUCCCUCAUUGGGAUCAAGGUAAAUUCCGAAUCGGUUGAGAUUUUGCCGGACAGUCUGGUAACGUCCCCGAGUUCCGUGGAAGUUUUGGGAGAUUGGAAGAGCGACAGCAGUCCCUAUCUAUCUCCGAUAGAUCCAAAGAAUUCCGAAUCCUCUCCUGUUUUAGAUGUAGACGAAUGUGCCACUCCAUGCGUAGAUUGCACGGAUUUGUUAUUACAACCGCCAAGAGAUCAAUUCGAAGCGUCCUCGUCCGACAUCUCUCCCUACGAAUCUCCCAUGGAAGAGGUGAAAACGUUGAAUACCAAUUCGUAUCCUUGCAGCGUCGAUAGCACACCGUCGCCCAAUGUGUUUCCCAGCUUGGACACGAGCAAGCACUCGUCGCAAAUGAUGAUGGAUAGCUCGAAAACUUCCCCGGAAAGCGUCGAGGUGAUACCGGACGCGGACGAGCUGGACGAGGUGAGCUUGGCCGAAGACUCUUACACUUCAGCUUCCGAGGGUACGAUCAUGACGGUACUCGAGCCAUUGCAACAAAAUAAAGUGGAAUUGGCCGAUAUGAGUGUAAAUGUAGGAUCCACAAGGAUGCACGAUUCGUGCCCGGAUGAUAGGCAAACGUUGACGAAAGCUUGCAUCGAGAAUAAAUUGAACUUGAGUCUUGACUCAUUGAAGGAGAAGCACAAUUUGCAUCUAGCACUCGAGCCAAUUACCACACAGCCAAUUCGCAAGUUGGACCAUCAAUUGGAAGGAGUGAACGAAAAACCGAGCGUUUCCACCUUUUCCCAAUUGAUGGGAACUACUAUAGAACCGCCAGAUCCGGACAACUAUACUCAAACUGAUGAAAACGUGGAGGAUACAAAGAUGAUCGAGAGUAACACCGAUCAAUAUUUAGUAUCUACCGAUUCGAGCGGAGAAGGAACCUUGCUAGAGAGCAGUUUGGAAGAUAACGCGACGUUGAUUUGCACAAAUAAUAGUCCCAAAAUCUUAGAAACGCCUUUAACCGCUAGUUCUUACGUGAAAACUAUGCUGGCUGAUGCCAUGGUCGAAAAGGGUGAAAUAAUUGAUAUGGAGGCUCAUUGCACGGAAGUACCGCGGGAAAAUUCACCUAUAUCGUCAGAAAGUCGUUCCGAUCUGGUAAAAAUCGGUUCCGAUCAGGCCAGUGGACAUACAAGUGGAGAUGAAUUGGAAACCACAACAUCGAGUGACAUUGAGAUAAUAUCCAGUCCAAACGGAGAUUCAAGUUCGACUCAAUCGCGACAGAGUCCCGCAAAGUUACAGUUAACUAAAGGCAGCGAUUUGCUAACAAAAACCUUGAAGACUAGAGGCCAUUCCCGGGAGUUGAGCGAGAUCAGCAUAGGAUCGGAUGAGACGAAUAUGGAGAUCGAAAAAUUAUUGAAACGUGUGCAGGAGAUGACUGAGAUUUUGGAAACGAGAGAAUCAAAGUUAAUCGACGUGAGCAGAAUGAACAUGGAAUUACACGAGCAGAAUGCAAAUCUAAUGAAGCAACUCGAGAAUUUUGAAAAACAUGCGGAGCAGAAUCAAAACAUAAAUCAAAUCACAGAUGAAUAUACGCAGCGUUUGUCAGCGUUGGAGAGAAAAUUUCAGCAAGCUAUAAGAGAGCGCGAUCAAUUGAGGAAAAAUUUAGACCAAUUGAAGUUGGAGGCAGCGUCGCGUUUGUCGUCGCAGGAAAUGUCUAGUAUAAACGCUGAGAAGGAUGAAAUCAUAAAAGAGCUUCGCGAAGAGGGCGAGAAACUCAGUAAACAACAACUUCAACACAGUAAUAUAAUAAAAAAGUUGCGAGUGAAAGAGAAAGAGACUGAUGCAACGAUAAAGAGUCAAAAAGAGCAAAUAGAAGAGCAGAAUACAGAAUUGGAAAGAUUAAAACGAUCAUUGUACGCGAAAGAGGAAGUGGAACGCAGUCAAAUAGAGGCCGUUCAUACGUUGACGGCGAAAACGAAGAAGCAAGAGAAGGAGAUAUUAACGUUACAAGAAAAAUUGGACAAUACAGUACAUAAGAUGGAAGCCUAUAAAAGAAGCUUGGAUGCUGCAAAAGUAGAGUUGACAGAAACAAAGGAAACGUUGCUAGCUGUGGAAGAGGAAUUGAAGGAAGCCGUGAAUAAUGCGGGAGAAUCAUGUCAGCUGUUUGCACAAGUGGAGGAUUUAAAAUUGAAGUACCGUCAAGCUGAGGAAGCUCAUGUCAAAAGGGAAGAGUUUCUCAAACAUGAAAAUAGCGAAUUGCUAAAGCGAUUAGAAGCUGCAGAAGCCAGGAGCGAGGAGUUAUCCGAAUCUGUCUCAAUAGCAACAAAACCUCUGUUAAGGCAACUAGAACAACUUCAAGCAAGCUUACUACAUAAAUCUAAUAGUUUCAUGAAACAGGAGAAGAUGCUGUCGGAGAAAAAUAUUGAAUUACAAUCGAAAGUCGAAAAUUUAAUGGAAAUGGAUCGUCUUUUGAGAGAAGAGAAUGUGAAUUUGAAGUCCAAAGAAUCGCAGUUAGAAUCAAAGCUCAACUUAAAAGAGAAAGAAAAGGCAAAGUUGCAAGAAGCUUAUGACAAAUUAAAAGAAGAAUCUGAGAAAUUGUCCGAGCAAAAUAAACAGCAUCAAGAGACAAUAAAAAUUCUCGAGCUGACUCAUUCUGAAAAGGUGCAAGAAUUAAAGAGAGAGAUAAAUGCAUUGGAGAACAAAUUAGCUGUGGAGAAGGCAGCCACCGAUGCGGAACGAAGAAGAAAUAACGCAUUACUGGAACAGCAGCAAAAUACUGAUGAGGAAUCACGAUACAGUCCUACUCUCAGUAUAGGACAAGAGUCCAUUAGUAGUGCGAAUAGUGCCUGGCCAGGUUUUAAUGAUUCAGUAUUUGAUAAUAGCUCUGGAAGAUUUCCGCCAAUAUCCUAUGAAAGCAUCAGAGCGGGUUCAAGCAGUACAUCGAUCUUUGAAAAUUUGCAGGCACAAUUGAAACAGAGGGAUGGUGAAAUACAGCAGCUUCAAUGGGACUUGUCUCGACGGAACACGGAAAGGGAUGCGUUGAAUUCGGAAUUGGCAACGUUAACUUUAAAAGUCGAGGAUUUGAAUAUAAAAGUCACGGAAACGCAGGCACUUAACGAAAAUCUCAGAGAGACACAAACCAGAUACGACGCCCUGUUACAAAUGUACGGCGAAAAGGUUGAAGAGAAUCAGGAACUGCGACUGGACCUGGAGGACAUUAAGGAAAUGUACAAAACGCAAAUUGAUCAACUUCUAAAGAGACAAAAUUAA